CUGGCACCUGGCAGCGGCCGGUGAGGACGCAGACCCAGGAGAGAGGAUUUAUUCAACAAAUGUUUACUGAGCAGCUGUCAUGUGCUAGGCACGAACAGGGCCAACCCGGACCCUGCCCUCAGGGAGCGCACAGUCUGAGAGUGGGGACAACAAAUUAAACACAGAGAGAUGUGUCACAGGCGCUGCGUGGCCCCCGCCCUCCGCUAUUGCGUGACGGUCAGCGGCACCGUGGUUCUGGUGGCCGGGACACUCUGCUUCGCUUGGUGGAGCGGAGGGAAUGCGGGUGCCCAGACUGGCCUGCCGGCCCCGCCCACUGAGCAUCCCAGCGCUGAGGCCCCCAGACCCCUGCUCAGGUCCGUCAGCCUCUUCUGCUGCGCCACAGGUGGCCUGCUGCUGCUCUUCGGCCUGCUGUGGUCCAUCAGGGCCAGCGUCCGGGGGCCGCCCCAGUGGGACCCCUACCAUUUCUCCAGGGACCUGUACUAUCUCCGCGUGGAGUCCUCGCAGAAGGAGAGCUGCAGGAGCCCAAGGCUGGCUGCCGUCCCCACUUACGAGGAGGCCACGCACUGCCCCCUGACGGAGGAACUCCUGCCGCCACCUGCAUGCCCCACGGAGGAAGGCCCGGAGCGCGGUGCCUGGGGGGACGCCCUGCUGGGGACCCAGCCCCCCUGGCCCCCACCCAGCUACGAGAGCAUCGCUCUUGCUCUCGGCGCCCGUGCUGGGGAGACGGCGCCUGGCGCUGCGUUCUCCCGCUCAGACCCUUCUGGGCCGCAGCGGGGGAAAGGUGAGGGCUCCUGGCAAGCCCGGAAGUGAGAGAGGGACGCGAUGAGCCUCUUCCAGAGUCUCGUACAGGGCCUGGCACACAGGAGCACUCAGCAAAUGUUUGUUGCCGAACGCCGUUUUAUUUAUCCAUUGCUGUGUAACAAACCAGCCCAAAAUGUA